CCUACUAUGGGAUAGUCGAGCAGUAUGGGACCAUGCUGGGUAGGUCAGGUCAUAUAGAUUAGAGCUGGGAUUUAGAACCAAUUAAUUCCUAUGAUAUAUUCAGGAUCACAGGAUGUCCAGAUUUUAGUGAAUAUUAUAGUCCUCCUUCUUCAUCUUCUUAUGAUUAUUGUAAAUCCCUUAGAUGGGAAAUAAUUUCCCAAUUUCCCCUUUUACUUGUUUUUAACAAAUGUUAACACAUUGUUCUGUCUUGCAGAAAUGGAUCUCGAGGACCUUCUUCAUUCUUCAAGCAAGAAGGAAAAGAAAAGGUUGACGGCUUUGGAAACUUCUUCGGAUAUCAACGUGGAGCCCCUCAAAAGGCCCAGGAAGACAACUGCCAACAAGAAGCAAGCCUCACAGACCAUUGACCUUGAGGCCCCUGAGAACCAGGUUCAGACUCACCCUCCGGCCCUCACACAUACUGAAGAGCCCAUUCCCAAAGCAAAUCAGGUCGCAGCCUCUUCGAGCCAAGCGCCUGAGACUCUACCCAUUGAGGUUGGGAAUGCUGGCUCAGAGCAUUGUGUGCAGUACGAUGUGGCUUGUUGGCGUCACCUCCGGUCCUUCCUUCCCAACGACUGGGACUUGAUAAAUAAUGGAAGCCUGAACGAGAUGCUCGAGAGGAGCGUUGCCUUUGGCCUCUCGGUAAAUUUCUUUAUCCUUCUCACUUUACUUCUCUCUUUAACAACCCUAAGAAAUACUUUUGCAUUUUUGUUUAUUUGUUUUAAGCAAACUUUCAUCUCCUUUGUGGGGUCUGGACAUGAUGAGGCAACUGGAGAACGAGAUCCAGAAGCUGAUUGGUCAACGCAAGGUCGUGUCCAGGUAAUGGAACGAGGCUCAGACGGAGAUCUCUCGCUUAAAUAAAGAAGUCGAGGAGGUGAAGAGGGCCAACAAAGCUGAACUUGAAGCUGCUUAGAAGGAGGCGAAGGACAAGUCCGAGCUAUGCCAGAAACUCCAUGAGGAACUCAAUGCAGCCAAUGCAACACUCGAGGGGAAAGAAGCCGACACCAAGGAGCAAUGUAAUGCCAUUGCCAAAUGCUCCAUCUAUCAAGCUUGGAUGGCGAAUCCAGAAAUGGAUUUGAAUUUCCUGGGAAAGGGCAUGGAGGAAGUCCUCGCUUACUGCGAGCAAGCUAAAAAGGUAGAAGAGGAAGCCGAGGCAGCGGGAGAAUAAGAGGAAGAAGAACUAUCCAAGUUCCUACUAUGUAGACUUAGUCUUUAAUCAUCUACUCUUUUUUUUUUUUUUUUACUUUUAGGAAAAUUGCCAUACGAUCGAGACAAUGGUUUUCCCUUUGUGGCUUUUUGUAAAGACAAAUUUGCAAAGUUGGAUGGCCAACUUCGCUUUUUAUUUUAUCUUUUAUUUAAUGCCUCGUACUUUUGCAUUUGAACUUACUACAUUUGUUUACUUGUGUUUUUUUUAUUCACAACUUAAACAAUUAUAUUUUGGAUCAAAUUUAAAUAUUUUAAGCCUUUCCAUUGCUCGUAUUUUCAUUUGAUAUUGUUUGAGUAGUUAUUAAUCUACUAUAUGCGCGAGCAGUCAUUGUCUGCUAUGCUUUUAAUUUACGAGCAGUUUAGUGCUCUAGCUUCGCAUAAAUAGUUAUAAUUUGUUUCAAGUAAACUUAACCAUACUUUUUAUAAUUCAUUUCGUGAAUUACUUUGUAUAUUUUUGAUUGUUUAUAUGAAUAGUUAGACUUUCUAUUCAUGUUUUAGGUUUAAGUAUUUUCUCAAUACAUCUCGGUGUCUCGUUUAAUACUUUCACGAUAAAGAGCAGUUAGUCAGCUUCCCUUCUUGUCAGGGCUUGAGAAGCGUCGUUCAGUUGUCGUUUUACUGCAGUGGUCAGCUCGAUAUCGAAGAUCGAUGGAGGAGCACUGUGAGAACUCCGAAUCCAUGGCUGAUUUUUCUUUUCUUUUCUUUUUUUUUUUUUUU